GCCGCCGGGGCAGGUGGGGCGGGCCGGAGGACCCCGGCCGCGCGCGUCCCCGGGCGGCAGGAGGCCCCUCCCCCGCCUCGCCAGGCCCCAGGGCCGCGGCGCUCCCCACCCCGGCACCUGAGCGGCCGCGGCUCCCGCGCUCCGGCCGUGCUGGGCGCGGCGCGGCUCCCGUCCCCGCGGCCCAGCCAGGUGUGCGCGGGCGCCGGCCCUCCCCGGGGGCUCCGGCCCGCCCCCGUCGCGCGAGCGGCCGCGCGAGCCAGAGACCCGGCAGCCAUGCCGCGGAGCCCGACGUCCAGCGAGGACGAGAUGGCCCAGAGCUUCUCCGACUACUCCAUGGGCUCAGAGUCAGACAGCUCCAAAGAAGAGACCGUCUACGACACCAUCCGGGCCACGGCGGAGAAGCCGGGUGGGGCGACGAUGGCGGACAACCAGGGCAACACGCUGGUGAUCCGUGUGGUCAUCCAGGAUCUGCAGCAGACGAAGUGCAUUCGCUUCAACCCGGACGCCACGGUGUGGGUGGCGAAGCAGCGGAUCCUGUGCACGCUGAAUCAGGGGCUGAAGGACGUCCUCAACUACGGGCUGUUCCAGCCGGCCAGCAACGGGCGCGACGGCAAGUUCCUGGACGAGGAGAGGCUGCUGCGGGAGUACCCACAGCCUGCGGGCCCCGGCGUCCCCUCCCUGGAGUUUCGAUACAAGAAGCGCGUGUACAAGCAGCCCGACCUGGACGAGAAGCAGCUGGCCAAGCUCCACACCAAGACCAAUCUGAGGAAGUUCAUGGACCACACUCAGCAUCGAGCGGUGGAGAAGCUGGCCAAGCUGCUGGACCGUGGCCUGGAUCCCAACUUCCAUGACCUAGAGACUGGAGAGACUCCACUGACCCUCGCGGCCCAGCUGGACGGCUCCACAGAGGUCAUCAAAGCUCUCAGAAAUGGCGGGGCUCACCUGGACUUCCGCGCCAGAGACGGGAUGACCGCCCUGCACAAGGCCGCCCGCGCCAGGAACCAAGCCGCCCUGAAGACGCUGCUGGAGCUGGGCGCCUCCCCGGACUACAAGGACAGCUACGGGCUCACGCCGCUGUACCACACGGCCGUGGUGGGCGGCGACCCGCACUGCUGUGAGCUCCUGCUGCACGAGCGGGCCGCCGUGAGCUGCCAGGACGAGAACGGCUGGCACGAGAUCCACCAGGCCUGCAGGUACGGACACGUGCAGCACCUGGAACACCUGCUCUUCUACGGCGCGGACAUGGGCGCUCAGAACGCCUCGGGGAACACGGCCCUGCACAUCUGCGCCCUCUACAACCAGGACAGCUGUGCGAGAGUGCUCCUGUUUCGGGGUGGAAACAAGGAACUGAAAAACUACAACAGCCAGACGCCAUUUCAGGUGGCGAUCAUCGCGGGCAACUUCGAGCUGGCGGAAUACAUCAAGAACCACAAGGAAACAGACAUCGUGCCCUUCCGAGAGGCCCCGGCCUACUCCAACCGCAGGCGGCGGCCCCCCAACACGCUGGCCGCCCCCCGGGUCCUGCUGCGCUCCAACAGCGACAACAACCUCCAUGCCGGCGCGCCCGACUGGGCCGUGUGCCCCACGGCCACCGCCCACCGCAGCCUCUCGCCCCAGCUGCUGCAACAGAUGCCCAGCAAGCCUGACGGCGUGGUGAAGAGCGUGGCCAGCUACACCCCGGGGCCCCGCAGCCUCCCCUCGCUCAACAGGCUGGGCGGCGCCGGCGAGGAUGGCAAGAGGCCCCAGCCACACUGGCACGUGGGGCCGCCUUUCGCUCCUGGUGCCAACAAGGACUCCCUCUCGGCCUUCGAGUGCCCGGGGCCCAAGCGGAAGCUCUACAGCGCAGUGCCUGGGAGACUCUUCAUCGUUGUGAAGCCAUACCAACCCCAAGGCGAUGGCGAGAUCCCCCUCCACCGUGGAGACAGGGUCAAAGUUCUGAGCAUCGGCGAAGGCGGUUUCUGGGAAGGCAGCGCCCGCGGCCACAUCGGCUGGUUCCCGGCGGAGUGCGUGGAGGAGGUGCAGUGCAGGCCCAGGGCCGGCCAGGCAGAAACCCGUGCGGACCGCAGCAAGAAGCUCUUCCGGCACUACACAGUUGGCUCCUAUGACAGCUUCGAGGCCACCAGUGACUGCAUCAUCGAGGACAAGACGGUGGUCCUGCAGAAGAAGGACAAUGAGGGCUUCGGAUUUGUGCUCCGAGGGGCGAAAGCCGAUACCCCCAUUGAAGAAUUCACGCCCACGCCGGCGUUCCCAGCCCUGCAGUACCUGGAGUCCGUGGACGAAGGCGGGGUGGCCUGGCAAGCCGGACUGAGGACCGGGGACUUCUUGAUUGAGGUCAACAAUGAGAACGUCGUCAAGGUCGGCCACAGGCAGGUGGUGAACAUGAUCCGCCAGGGAGGGAACCACCUCGUGCUCAAGGUCGUCACGGUGACCAGGAGUCUGGACCCUGAUGACACUGCCAGGAAGAGAGCUCCCCCGCCUCCAAAGCGAGCGCCGACCACAGCCCUCACCCUGCGCUCCAAGUCCAUGACCGCAGAGCUGGAGGAGCUGGCCUCGGUGCGGAAGAAGAAGGAUAAACCAGAGGAGACGGUCCCCGCCCCCAAGCCCUCGCGCACGGCUGAGAGCGUGGCCAUGGAGACCAGGGUGGCCACCAUCAAACAGCGGCCUACCAGCAGGUGCUUCCCCGCAGCCUCAGACAUGAACUCCGUGUACGAGCGCCAGGGGAUCGCUGUGAUGACACCCACAGUUCCCGGGAGCCCGAAAGGCCCGUUCCUGGGCCUCCCCCGAGGUACGAUGCGAAGGCAGAAAUCCAUAGACAGCAGAAUCUUUCUGUCAGGAAUAACGGAGGAAGAGCGACAGUUUCUGGCUCCCCCAAUGCUGAAGUUCACCAGAAGCCUGUCCAUGCCAGACACGUCCGAGGACAUUCCCCCGCCGCCACAGUCUGUGCCCCCGUCUCCACCCCCACCCUCCCCCACGGCCUACAACUGCCCCAAGUCCCCGACUCCCAGAGUCUACGGGACCAUCAAGCCCGCGUUCAACCAGAACUCCGCUGCCAAGGCGUCCCCCGCCACCAGGUCUGACACGGUGGCCGCCAUGAUGAGGGAGAAGGGCGUGUUCUACAGACGGGAGCUGGACCGCUACUCCCUGGACUCUGAGGACCUCUGCGGCCGCAGCGCCGCCCCGCAGGCCACCUUCCGCAGCCGGCGGGGCCAGAUGCCGGAGAACCCGUACUCAGAGGUGGGGAAGAUCGCCAGCAAGGCCGUCUACGUGCCGGCCAAGCCCGCCAGGAGGAAGGGCAUGCUGGUGAAGCAGUCCAACGUGGAGGACAGCCCCGAGAAGACGUGCUCCAUCCCCAUCCCCACCAUCAUCGUCAAGGAGCCCUCCACCAGCAGCAGCGGCAAGAGCAGCCAGGGCAGCAGCAUGGAGAUCGAGCCCCCGGCCGCCGAGCCGCCGGGCCAGCUGCGGCCCGAGGACGGCCUCGCCUCCAGCAGCCCCUUCGCUGCAGCCAUCGCCGGGGCUGUCCGCGACCGGGAGAAGCGGCUGGAAGCCAGGAGGAACUCCCCGGCCUUCCUGUCCACGGACCUGGGGGACGAGGACGUGGGCCUGGGGCCGCCCGCCCCCCGGGCACGGCCCUCCACGUUCCCAGAGGAGGGUGGGCUUGGCGAUGAGGACAGCACGGAGCCGCUGGCGUCGCCCACAUCGGGGGCAGCACCGAGGGAGCCCGAGAACCAUUUCGUGGUCAGUGGCGAGGCUGGUGCUCAGGGUGAGGCCGGGAGGCCCCUGAAUUCCGCAUCCAAAGCCAAGGGGCCCGAGAGCAGCCCCGCAGCGCCGCCCAAGAGCAGCAGCGCAGUCAGCCCGGAGAAUUACGUCCACCCGCUCACGGGGCGCCUGCUCGACCCCAGCUCCCCACUGGCCCUGGCGCUCUCCGCAAGGGACCGAGCCAUGAAGGAGUCCCCGCAGGGGCCCAAGGGGGAGCCCCCCAAGGCCGACCUCAACAAACCUCUCUACAUCGAUACCAAAAUGCGGCCCAGCGUGGACACCGGCUUCCCUCCCGUCACCAGGCAGAACACCCGGGGACCCCUGCGCCGGCAGGAGACAGAGAACAAAUACGAGACGGACCUGGGCAAGGACCGGAGAGGGGGGGACAAGAACAUGCUGAUCAACAUCGUGGACACGGCACAGCAGAAGUCGGCCGGCCUGCUGAUGGUGCACACUGUGGACGCCACCCAGCUGGGCGGGCCCCUGGAGGAAGAGGAGGAGAGAGAGGACGUGGACGUGAAGCUGGACCACCCGCCCUCCGCGGUGCCAGAAGGUGUUUCCGACACCGAAGGUGCUUUACAGAUCUCCGCCGCCCCCGAGCCCGCCACCACGCCUGGCAGGACCAUCGUGGCCGCGGGCUCCGUGGAGGAGACGGUGGUCUUGCCAUUCCGCAUCCCUCCUCCCCCACUGGCAUCCGUGGACUUGGAUGAGGAUUUUGUUUUUACAGAGCCAUUGCCUCCUCCCCUGGAAUUUGCCAAUAGUUUUGAUAUCCCCGAUGACCGCGCUGCUUCUGUCCCCACCCAGAAGAACGAUGCCCCUCCGUCCCCUUCGUUGAACUCCAGCCAGCCAGCCAACCCCGCAGACAGCAAGAAGCCAGCCGGCCUCUCCAACUGCCUGCCCACCUCCUUCCUGCCACCCCCCGAGAGCUUCGACACGGUCGCCGACUCUGGGAUCGAGGAGGUGGACAGCCGCAGCGGCAGCGACCACCACCUGGAGACAACCAGCACCAUCUCCACGGUGUCCAGCAUCUCCACCCUGUCCUCCGAGGGCGGGGAGAGUGUGGACACCUGCACAGUCUAUGCAGACGGGCAGGCGUUCGUGGUCGACAAGCCCCCCGUGCCUCCAAAGCCAAAAAUGAAGCCCAUCAUCCACAAAAGCAAUGCCCUUUACCAGGAUGCGCUCCUGGAGGAAGACGUGGACAGCUUCGCCGUGCCCCCGCCCGCGCCCCCGCCCCCGCCGGGCAGCGCCCAGCCCGGGCUGGCCAAGAUCAUCCAGCCGAGGACCUCCAAGUUGUGGGGUGACGUCACGGAGGCCAAAAGCCCGAUUCUCUCGGGCCCAAAGGCAAACGUUAUUAGUGAAUUGAACUCAAUCCUGCAGCAAAUGAACCGAGAGAAAUCGGCAAAGCCGGGGGAAGGACUGGACUCACCGGCAGGAGUCAAGUCUGCCAGCCUUGCUCCAAGAAGCCCAGAGGUCAUGAGCACCAUCUCAGGGACUCGGAGCACAACAGUGACCUUCACCGUCCGCCCUGGCACCUCACAGCCCAUCACCCUGCAGAGCCGACCCCCUGACUACGAAAGCAGGACCUCAGCAGCGAGGCGCGCCCCCAGCCCCGUGGUCUCGCCAACCGAGAUGAGCAAGGAGAUCCUGCCCGCCCCGCUGUCCGCCAGCGCCGCGUCUCCCUCGCCCACGCUGGCAGAGGUCUUCAGCCUUCCAAGCCAGCCCCCCGCUGGGGACCUCUUUGGCUUGAACCCAGCAGGUCGCAGCAGGUCGCCAUCCCCCUCCAUCCUGCAGCAGCCCGUCUCCAAUAAGCCUUUCACCACCAAACCCGUGCACCUGUGGACUAAGCCCGACGUGGCGGACUGGCUGGAGAGCCUGAACCUGGGCGAGCACAAAGAGACCUUCAUGGACAACGAGAUCGACGGCAGCCACUUACCAAACCUCCAGAAGGAGGACCUGAUAGACCUCGGGGUGACGCGGGUCGGGCACAGGAUGAACAUCGAGCGGGCCCUCAAGCAGCUGCUGGACAGAUAAGGCUGGCUGCCCUCGCCCGCAGACUUCCUCUUAUAAGUAGAGAUGGGCUCGUGCUGGAAUCUGAUGGCCAAGCGAGUCUGUGAGCACCACCCCACCCACGGGUUUGUCUCCUGGUACCCAAAGAAAUGCCGCGGGCGUCCUUGGUGUGUCUGAGCUGAGGCCUGGAGGUCGGCUGUCCACGUGGGUUUCCUGGGUGGCUUCUGUCUGACGGGACAGGGGAGGGAGUUUCUAACACGGAAAGAUUCCCAGCCUACCUCCCAGCACGCAGGUGACCUCGCUUCGCUGGGUCCGAGAGGCUCCGUCAGUUCUGCACGGGACCCCUGCUCUCGUAGGCAGACACCGUACUCCAGAUACCUCCUGAGCCUCCCUCCUCUGCUUCCUGGGCAGCUCUCGUCACCCCAGGCCCCAGCACAAGGCCUGUCCUCGGUCCUGUGGCUUCUUGGAGGACACUCCGUGCUCACUGGCUCCCGUCUCCUCCCUGAACUUUCGUGCAGUGAGAUGCUCCCAGAGGGCUGUGGCUGCCCUUCCUGGGCCUGAAAGGUAGAGAACCAUUUUCCCUGUCCAGAUCCUGUACCCCAUCUCCUCCUGUGAUGUGCCUCCACGGCUCAUCGGCCACGAGGUUCUUGGCAGUGGUGGGCAUCUGAAUGGGAUCGUGCCUGGCUUUGCUUAGCUUUCUUUCUUUAUUUCUGCAAAUCUAUUAGCAUAAUUCCAAGGUGGCCAAACAGAUGUCACAUGGAGUUAGUCAAAGCACAAAGUCACGAUCCCAAGAAGGGAGGGAGGCCUGGCCGAGGGAACCAGCCAGCGUGCAGCUGCCUGGGACCCUAGCCUCCUCGGGACGCGAGCGGCUGCCUGCCAAGAGCGCCUGCGUGGGCAGAGAGGGGCUCUGCCUCCCGGAAGCCUUCUCACCGAAGGCCUGCGGAGCUCUGGAAGGCGAGCAGCUGAGCACCGACCCCAACAGAAGGAUGAGAAGACGUGGUUCGCUGGGCAUGUGCCCCUUGGGGAAGCUGCGUCCUCUCUGGGAGCUGGCAGGGCUCUGUGGCCUCACUGAGCCCAGCCGUGGGCGAGUGUCUGGGCUAAGCUGGCCCUUUUGCUCUCGGAGGCUGGGGAAAGUGACACUCAGGGGCUGUCCCCCUCCUCUCUGGGAGUCCAGGAAUCCCACCAGCAUGUCUUAACAGUACAAUGCAGUCUUGGAGGACCCCGUGGGCAGGGACGGUGGCCAGGACCAGGGUGAACAGAAGGUGGGCUGCUGGCUGCAGACGGAACGUGGACGUGUGCAGACAGGCAGGCAGGGAGCGCUCUGGCCUGCAGCCUGAGCCUGCCCCCCUCCUGCCCCAGCCCUUCUCCCCGAAACCAUACCUCUAGCACCCAAGGGAGGUCACCCGUGCACAUGGGCCACAAGACGUCACCAGGCUUCCCGCACAUUCUCCCACCUUUGAAGGGGACGUGAACGUCAGGUGUUUGGUUCCAUUAUGAUUUCAGAACUAGCCCAGCCCAUCUCUAAUUAUAAAACAUGAUUUUUUUCCUUUUUUUCUUUAUGCUCAUGACCACGUGUCUAAUGAGGUCUCUAGAAUAAACACAUAAACUUUAGCAAUUUAAAAAUCUUUCUUUACUGCAAGUUUAAAUAGGUGUACAGAUAGUUUAUAAGCACAAUAUUUCAAGAAAAAAAGUGGCUGGUCUACUCGGCAGCCUGUGUGCCACUUCAGUGCUAGAAAGUUGAAGAAAGACACUUUGUGACUGAUGACACCAUUUCUGUGGGAUAAUCAUACAAGGAUGGCCUUUUUAGAUCCACCUUAUCUGGAUGCAUCUGAACCAGCAGAGCUGCGUUAUAUUCUCUAUCUUUGCUAAAACUUCAUCACUGAAGGAUGAUCACUUCCUCAAAAGUGGUUCCAAUUCACACUAAACAGUUUCUCCAAAAGCAAAACACGCCCCCACAACACGCACGCACGCACGCACGCACGCACACACGCACGCACACGCCCUUGAUUUGGAGACCCAGCCUGGGCCUUGUCUGCUCCAGACCUUCGCAGGUCGUUACAUCUGACCAUGGGGUGCGUCUGGCUGCUGCGGCUCUUCACUUCACACCCCUCUGGUUUUCCAUCCUAAGGCGACCACAGUGCCCUAGAGAAAUCCCAGCCGAGCCCGGCAGCCUGCCAGGCCAGGCCGCCCAGUCUCAGAAGCAUGUGUCUCCCGUUUGGUGAUUUUAGAAGGUUAGCACACCACCUCGCCAGGCCUCUGCUGGCUGGUGGCCGCAUGCCCAAGUGCCAGGCAGGAGGCCGCUGGCCACAGCAGCUCUGCUGGCCACACGCCACUGGUCAGAAGCAAGCCCCGGACAGUCGCAAGGGCUGAGCAGCCUCCCCUUGGCCCUGCCUCACCCUCAGACCUGCACUGGCCCCAGGACAAACGCCGGCCACCAGGUUGAAUCCGCUCUAGCUCUUGGACGACUUUGCUAUAGAAGCAAUAGUCCUCCUCCAAUUGCCACCACUGUUCUCCCCUUUGGGACACAUCAGGACCAGGCCCUACCCCGGGACAAACUAAAACUGCUCACAGAAUGAUCAUGUUAAUAUCACUAGGUUUUCAGAUCAACUUUUGUUAUAUACUGUAAUUUAAACAGACUGCAUUUACAUGCCUAGUUUCUGUAAUAUUGUGUAUACAAACCAAAAUCUCUCAAGAUGUAAAUUAUGUAUACCUGCCAAGAUACCUUCUCCAGGGCGUCUGUGCACAUUUUAAGUUAAUCCAUAUAAAAUAAAAAUGACUCGAUGUGACUGUUGAUUUGCUGAAUUUACACAUCACAAAGUGAAUUACUUGUGGUACCUUAGUUAAUAAAAUGGUGAUUUUUUUCUGAGUUAUUGAACAAGCAAACAUUAUCCAGUUGAUCUGGCAAUGACUUUUCCAUGUGUAGGUCACCACUACUGAUUUUCCCAUUAGCAGGUUGUUUUUGUUUUCCGAAUACAAUGUUUCACACGACAGUCUGUGUAACCAUACACAUUCACAUCAUCCAUGUCGCUCUUACUUUUGUGCUUUACUUCUUUUUAGACUUUAUUAAAAAACAAAACAAAACAAAAAAAGCUCCUGUAAUUUGCACUUUCUCCCAAUCCUUCAAUCUCUUGUACGGCAACCAAAAUUACUGUAAAAAAAUAAAUAUACUAUUGCACUAAGGUUGUGGUUCUGAUUGUGAACAGUGAAAACUGAAUGAACUCAACAAAAAGUUGCCAAACUUGCAAUCUAAGGUAGGUUAUUUGAGACACCAUAGCCGGCUGUACCUCUAUAAAGUGGACCAGGCAAUAUCUGUCACCAGACAGGACAGAGCUCCUUUCACUGAGCUCAUUUGGCUUGGUUCCAUUUCCUUAAAGUAUUCUCAGUGUCCCAACAGAAAAGUGUAUCAUUUCAGAGUUGUGCCAAGUGCCCAGCUGCUCCCUCGAGCAUGCCUGUGAGCCUGGCCCUGAGCCCCGCUCUGCUUGUGUGUGGGUGGGAGCAGCACCCUGGAGACCGAGCCAGUCAGGACAAGGGCCCCACACCCCAUCAGGUCUUCUUCUAGCCAUAGGCGUGGGGAGAUGCAGGCUUGGGUACCUCGACACUUGUUGAUGAGCAAGCAACACACUAAGUUUUAGAGCAGGAGGGAAUUUGGUUUUUGGUAAGGUAUUGAGCCAGGAAACCAGGCUAUCCCUCCUGCUUUAUGGAAGUGCAUUUAAACUUGAGCGCUGAGCCACUCUGGCCUCUCCAGUGGGAACUGGCUCUGGUUCCUAGAAGGUUCCCAUGUUGGCUCACCUGCCUCCGAACAGCACCACUGCACUUCCAUGCACCGAGCCCACUGCAAGCCUCUGUAGGUGCCUCUUCCCUCCCUCCUCACCUGAGAGUCCUCCCCAGCCAGAACCCCACAAGGGCACAGCCCUGAGUUCUUCCAGGCCUCUUUCCUGGAUGAAUAUUACUUUGUCUUGUUAGGGGAAAAAAUGAUUGGAAGACUUUUUCUUUUACUUGAACUUGAUUUGAGGCAUUUCAGUAGCCAGUGAGCUGGAUGUGCUUGUGUCUGUAGCCAUCAUGGACCUGCCAAUGGGGAAAAGGCCCUCAGCAGCACGUACAGGGGCUGCCCGUGCUGGGUGGGGACUUCAGCAGACCUGCUCACGUCACUCUCAAGCCACUGUGUCGUGACCUUGCUCCUUUGUGGUCCCUAUAACAUGGUUCUGCAGUUCCCAGUCCUCACGUUUGAUGUUUAAAACUGCAGCAGUCACUGUUCACUGCUUCUACUCUGGAACUCUGUUCAUAGCAAUUCUGAAACUUUAAUAUGAGCCUUCAAAUAAAAUACAGAAAAGAAAAAAAAGAAAAAAAACAACAAAGUGUGUGCCUUGGGUGUUUUGAACCUGAUCUGCAUAGAACCAUAUUGUACUCAAAUGCUGUAUAUUUAAUGAAAGGAUAAACAUACCUUCAAUGUAUCAAUGUAGCUGAUAAACAGUCCUAGUGCCUUGUUUUCUGAACUGAGAAGCCCAUAUCAAUGCACAACGUAAAGACAGAGGCUAUUCGAGCAGUGACAUGUCAAGAAGACCUAGCCCUGGUUUGGAUCCUGUCUCAGCCUAAGAUUGUGGGAUGCCCACAGUCGCUUAAGCUAAAAAAUAAAAGA